CUUUGUGAUAGAGGCCACGGUGACUUUCCCAAGAGAACACAAUCAAAGGGUUUUAGGGUUUCUUUUUCUUUGUGAGCGAAAAAAAUGGCUGAUGAGGGUUGUGAGAGGCUCAAGGGAACUGUCAAGUGGUUUAGUGACCAGAAGGGGUUUGGGUUCAUCACCCCCGCCGAUGGCUCUGAAGAUCUGUUUGUACACCAGUCUGGUAUCAGAUCUGAAGGAUUCAGAAGCCUAGCUGAAGGUGAGGAUGUUGAGUAUCAGAUUGAGUCUGGCUCAGAUGGUAGGGCUAAGGCUUCCGAUGUUACUGGACCUAAUGAAGCGGCUGUUAAAGGAGGUUCCCGCAGCGGUGGAGGACGUGAUGGAGGUGGUUACGGCGGAGGCGGUGGUUACGGUGGAGGCGGAGGUUACGGUGGUGGCCGAGGAGGAAAUCGUGGUUAUGGAGGUGGUGACAGUGGCUACGGAGGAGGUAGCCGAGGUGGUGGCGGCUACGGAGGCGGUGGAGGCUAUGGAGGAGGUGGCGGAGGCGGCGGAGGCUGCUUCAAAUGUGGGGAAUCUGGGCAUUUCGCUAGAGAAUGUCCACAGGAUGGUGGCAGUGGCGGAGGCGGUGGAGGUAGAUAUUCUGGUGGUGGAGGUGGUAGGUACUCCGGUGGCGGCGGCGGCGGCGGCGGAGGCUGCUACAAAUGCGGCGAAGAAGGUCAUUUCGCCCGCGAGUGCACCAGCGGCGGCCAUUGAUCGUUAUCUCUAUGUUUGUUUUUGCUGUUUUUAUGUUUCCGGUGCUUAUUGACACUGUUAGUCUUGAAUGAUUAUCUCUAGUAUUGCUUGUUUUUAUCUUAUUUUGUACUGGUGGUUGAUGGUAGUUAGUAGUAUCAUGCUUUUUGUAAUGGGGAGUUAUAGUUUUGUUGGUGCGACAAUGAAUACUCUCUGUACAUGUCGACAUUCAUGUUUUCGAAAGCAAUAUCAAUUAUUAUGCUGCUAAAUUCUCUUUCA